AUGAACCCAGACAUUCUUAGAGAAAGAAUUGAAAACGGAGUGGAUAACGGAGUGAUUCCAGCGUUGAUGGAUUUUAUUAGGGUUCCAAACCUUUCACCAGCUUUUGACAGAGAUUGGGAAACAAAUGGGCUCAUGCUAAGAGCAAUAGAUGUCGUUCUAAACUAUGUCAAAUCACUUAAUAUUCAAGGAUUCAACUACGAAAUUCUUAAAGAACCUGGCAAGCCUUGGCUAUUUGUUGGAGAAUUCCCAGCUACAGCCCCUAACUUAGGCACAGUACUAAUGUACGGGCAUUUUGAUAAACAGCCUCAUAUUCCAGGCUGGAUUGAAGGAACAGACAAUACUCAUCCUGCAAUAAUAAAUGGACGUCUCUACGGAAGAGGCGGUGUUGAUGAUGGCUACUCAUUCCCCAGUGCAGGUCUUAUUAUAAAAACUUUAGACGAGCUUGGAAUCCCAAGAGGAAGAAUUAUUUUUAUAGGCGAAACCGAAGAAGAAAGUGGAAGCUAUAACUUAAUGGAAUAUAUUUCCAAAGUGAAGGAUAAAAUAGGCAAUCCAGAUGUUAUUAUUUGUUUAGAUGCAGGAAUCCCGACUUAUGAUCGCUUUUGGCUAACUGGAAGUUUAAGAGGGUUAGUUACUUUAGAUGUGACAGUAAAAGUAUUGACGGUAGGUCAGCAUUCUGGAGAUGUAUCAGGGGUUGUGCCUUCAAGUUUUAGAAUUUUUAGGCAGCUUCUUGAUAGGAUUGAAGAUUCAAGGACUGGAGAAAUUUUGAUACCUGAGUGCUAUGCAGAAAUUACUCCAGAAAUAUAUGAAAAUGCUGCAAGGUGUGCAGUUGCAGUUGGGAAAGACUUAACUGGGAAAAUUAA